UAGUGAGUCCCCCCACUUUCUUAAACCCACCAACCUCCCUCGUAUUAGCGAAAACCAAAGCAAACCCAACACAAGACUCUCCCAAAUACUCCCACAUUUGCCAAUGCCUCUGAUCUUUGCUCUUUCACAACAACAACUUCUUCUUCUUCAAUGGCCACUCCUACAUUUCUCUCUCCAAAUCUCCCGACCCACACCUCUCUCUCUCUCCCCAUUUCUCCCAACAGAAACUUCAAAAUCACUUCCUGUGUUUCCAUAAACCAACCCCAAACCCAACUCGACGCCGUCUCCAACCUUCGUGUCGCCUUCGCCUGUGGCGGCACCGGCGGGCACAUUUACCCCGCCGUCGCCAUCGCCGACGAGCUCAAGCUCACCUACUCCAACACCCAAAUUCUCUUCCUCGGCACCCCCGACAGCAUGGAAAGCGCCGCCAUCGCCACCGCCGGAUACGACUUCGAGCCCAUCACCGCCGUCCGAUUAGCCCGCCCCGUCCUCCUCUCCCCUCAAAAUCUCCUCCUCCCCUACCGUCUGAUUAAAUCCACCCUCCACAGCUACUCCAAGCUGAAAGAUUUCGACCCCCAUCUUGUCAUUGGCACCGGCGGCUACGUUUCGUUGCCGCCUUGCUUGGCAUCGGUCUUCCUCGGAGAGAAGACGAAGCUCGUGAUUCAGGAGCAGAACUCCGUCCCCGGCGUUGCGAAUUGGGUCAUCUCCCACUUCUCCGACGCCGUUUUUGUCGCCUUCAAUUCGACCGUGGACUGCUUUCCCAGGGCCAAGAAGUGUGUCGUUUCCGGGAACCCCGUGAGGCUGUCGUUGAAGAAGGACGACGUGUUGAAGGCGGCGGCGAGGGCGAAGCUCUUUCCGAGGUCGGGGAAUGUACUUCGGGAGGAUGCUAAAGUGGUUUUGGUUCUUGGAGGGUCGUUGGGAGCAAAUGCUGUGAAUAUUGCAAUGCUGAAUGUUUAUUCUCAGAUGCUGAUGGAGAAUGAGAGGCUUUUUAUUAUUUGGCAAACUGGGGUUGAGGCGUUUGAUGAGAUGGAGAGCCUUGUUAAGAAUCACCCCAAUUUGCAUUUGACACCGUUCAUGCAUUCUAUCGAUUUAGCAUACCUUGCUGGCGAUCUCGUAAUUUCCAGAGCUGGUGCAAUGACUUGCUCUGAGAUAUUGGCCCAUGGGAAGCCUUCCAUUCUGAUUCCAUCACCAAAUGUUGCUGAAGGACAUCAAUUCAAAAAUGCUUCUUUAAUGGCAGAUCUAGCUGAUGCAAGAAUUAUAACUGAAGACGAACUCGAUUCAACCACCCUGAAAACUGCGAUUGAAGAGUUAUUAGGGGAUGAGAAAAAAAUGGCUGAUAUGUCUGAGAGGGCUCUGAAAGCUGCAAAGCCUAAUGCAUCGGCAGAGAUUGUGCAGCACAUUCUUUCGCUGGUCGAUUUAUCAACGGCCAAGAAGCAGCGAUAGAUUUUGACAGAGAUUGUUUAUUUUAUCGGUGAGGAAAGCUAUUGUGGUUCAGUAGAUUUUGUUUCUCUCUUUGACAGAAGUACAGAUGUUUCGUAGAAGUAUGACCCGAGCAUUUGUGUCCGCUGGCCCGACGUUGUUGCAAUAAAGUUGCUGAGUUCUUGUUCUCUUGGUCUAUUUUCAUGUAUGUAUUAAGGCAAGUUGAGACGUACGGAUUGUGUGAAGACAACGUGAGAAUUUUUUUUUUUCCAAGUAUUGAAGGACGUAGAAUCGUAGCUAGAAUCUCCUACUAUUAGUACUCAAUUGGAAAAAGCUGCUUUUAGACCCGUUUGGGUGCAUAUAUUGAUAGGGCUUUUAGCUUUUCUUAGUUCUUU